GACUUGCAGUUCUUUCCUGUAGCCUUCUUCUAACCAAACGCGUUUCUUCAAAAUAUUCUCAUCGGGGGAGUACUCAAAGUCGAGACGUGGAUGCUGAGGAGAGGAAAUCCAGGCCACGCCGAUCAACUGCAAAACCAAAGAAAAUGAGGUGUCUAGCAGACGUCACCGUAGAAGAUCUUGACCCUAAGAAGCACGAUCCCCUCCAUGUUCAAAAUGAGGACGAGUCGGAGAUGCCGUACAUCAAACAGGAGGCGGAGCCAGAGACUUUCAGCAUUAAAGAAGAGGAACAGGAAGAUGAAAUCCCCACAUUUCCAAUGACUGUCAUUGUGAAGAGUGAAGAAGAUGAAGGUCCAAGCGAAGAGAGCGGAGCAGUGAACCCUUCAAGCGACAGCUCAUUUCAACACCUGACAACAAAAGGAGAGGGACGAUCGCAAUCGGAAGGCCUCUUAGCGCCGCUUUCGGACAGCGACGAUGUAACGUCACACUCUUCUGACUUGAACACUGAUGAGCAGGAUGAUGACUUUUACCAAAAUGAUUCAAAAUCCUCAAACAAGUCAUCACUGAAAAAAGACAAAAAAGAACGCUUGGUUGGGAAACCGUUUUCCUGCUCAGUGUGCGAGAAAAGAUUUUCUUUGAAGACUGAUUUAGAAAGGCACACGCGUACACACACUGGAGAAAAGCCGUUUCUCUGCACAAGUUGUGGUAAAAGAUUCACUGAGAAGGGGAAUUUAAAGAAACACACACGUACACACACUGGAGAAAAGCCUUUUGUCUGCACAUUUUGUGGUAAAAGAUUCACCGAGAUGGGAAAUUUAACGAAACACUCACGUACACACACUGGAGAAAAGCCUUAUCCCUGCUCAGUUUGUCAUAAAAGAUUCUGUCAUAAGGGAACUUUAAACAGACACGCAACAACACACACUGGCGAAAAGCCUUUUCCCUGCUCACUUUGUACUAAAAGAUUCACUCAGAAGGGACAUUUACUAUUACACAUAAGAAACCACACUGGGAAAACAACUUUUGCCUGCACACUUUGCGAUAAAAGAUUUUCUCAGAAGACUUGUUUAGAAAAGCAUAAGUGUACACACACUGGAGAGAAACCUUUUGCCUGCUGACUUUGCCGUAAAAUAGUCGCUCAGAUGGGUCAUUUGGUAUCGAAUGCAAGAAGCGACACUGGGGAAAACAAUUGAAUUACAGUGUGUGACAAGAUAUUCUGAUUCCUGUUCAGUUCAAGUUUAUUGUCCCCUAAGGAGGGGGAACUUAACUUAACAGCAGGUGAGCACACAGAUAACACAACAACAGAUAACACAUACACAUAAAAUAACAGACUACAAUUUAAAAAAUGCUAUAGACAGCUUCGCAUCUCGAUGCAAGAGUUUUACAAAUUUAGCAGCCUAAUCGCACUUGAUAAAAAGGAGUUCUUUGUCCUGUUGGACUUAAAACAAGGGACUCUGGAACUCCUGGCUGAAGGGAGAACCUCAAACGAACAAUGAAGGGGAUGAUCUGCACAGUCAAGUAUGUCAUUUGCCUUCCUCAUAACCUGCCUCUCAUAAAUAUCAGUUAAGGAGACCUGUGGACAGCCUAUUAUCUUGCCAGCCACCUUAACAAUGUGGUUGAUGUCAUUUUUCUCUUUUUUAGGCUGAUACCUCCACGCAUUUACAAUGAAAAAAGCAUUUCAAUUGACCUAUUCAGUUUCCCUUCAGCCUGUUUAAAAAUGUUUUGAAACUAUUUUGUUGGUCCUGUUCUUUUCAAAACUAUCCAAUAUUUUUGAGUGUUUUUCAUUGGAUGAAUUGCAUUACAUGUCAUUUCAUAAUCCCUCCAGUAAAGCCAGUUCUUCCUCCAUUUUCUCCUCAGUUGGCUGAUUUUUGCGCCCUAAUACCUAGCCAGUGUAUCCAGGGCUUCUGCUUCUGGGCCCUGACUGCUACCAUCUCAAAACAGCCCUCUCGAAAGCAAGUGACUAUAGUGAAUAAUCCUAUUUAAAAAAUUGGAUUCUAAUAAUCCCAAGAUAUUAAUACAAAUAGAUAUACCAUUUCAAACACUGAUACAGCCCACAGUGUACAAGAAGUUAGUUUUAAGUGGAAUAUUCCACAGACAUUUGCUCCAAACAGGUGUAUGAAGGACAAACAAGGCUUUGCCUAACUCAUGCAGCCAGUGGAGUGCUGUCAUACCGCACAGAUUUUGAGUCCACUGGUAAUAUGACCAGGGAGUUUUUGCGCAAAAUGUUUAAAAAUAUGUAUAUAUUUUGUGUAACGUCUGCAUGUAACAAACUGGCGUGUGGCAUCAGCAUUUACACGUUUUCAACUUUAUGAGGUGCACCAACCAGAGGUGAGUAGUAACGCGUUAUUUAAUUGAGUAACUUUUUGAGCAAAAUGAACUUCUAAGAGUGGUUUUACUAAGCAAUACUUUUUACAAAAACGCUACUCGUACUCUGCUACUUUGGGCUACACAAAAGUCGUUAAAUUUUUCCUCUUUAUUCUACAUCUUAGAUUUUUUAUUUUUAUUAACUAGCAAUGCUAAGAGUAGCUCUACCUAUUUCACCAAUGAGACGUCGCAACAAUAAUCACAUGACACCAUUAUACCAUCAUAUCUUUACGCCAGCCUGUUCAAUCAUGUCUUUAAAGCACGGUAAAAAAGGAAGUAUUUCUUUCAACAUGACUCGAAAGCGCAAAUAUUGACCUCUCUCCUAGUUUUUAAUUGGCACCGAUUGACCACGGAAAACCGGAGAGAUGAUCCUUAUAAUUUCAAAACGGUAGUUAUGAAGGAACUCUUCACUAUUCAAACUAGGAACUAUUUUCUUCACCAGAGGGCACUCAUGCUCUUUGGAUGAAUGAUGCUUCAUUUAUUUAAUUUUUUUUCUCUCUUGUCGGAAUACAAUGUUGUUGUUUUUUUUUGUGUAUUUCUUUGGCUUAAUGUGGUUACUUAAUGGGUUAUUGUACAGUAUCAUUAUAACAACAGUUCAUAUAGAUAACUUUGUGCUCAGAAAAAAAAAAAUUGGGGAAAACUACUUUUACUUGAGUAAUUUUAUUUUGAUGGAACACUACUCUUACUUGAGUAAAAGUUUUGGUUACUCUACCCACUUCUGGCACCAAACCGGAACACGAAUAACCCGACCAGAAUCAUAAAAUAAACCCAAAUCGACUCCACCGACCACUUACACAUAUUUUAAUGAUGUUUUUUUGAAACACAAAAAAUAUAUAUCUUGGGAGCUCGAGGGGGAGGUAGGCCCGCGGGUGAGUCCUGAGCCUCGGCGAAGCUUUUCUGUCUUCACCUUACCAACCUCUGGAAGUCUUCCCUUGCUUGGUUCUCGUGGCAACAAUUUAGAAGUCAAAGAGAUGAUUAAGGCAAUUAUAGCUGAAGGAGAUGGUACCUUUUCUCGAAGGCACCAUCUGUUUGUAUUACUCUAACAUACCCAAUAUAAAAUAAAUAGCACUUAUACCAUAGUUUAAGGAAAACAAGCAGAAUAUAGGGAAUAAGAGAUAACGCCUUCUUAUCACAGAAGCCCAGCGCGUGCGUCAUACAACUAACUGAGCAAGAUUGGCGCUGACAAGCACAUGUUUGCAUCACCAAGCCUCGCAAUCAGUUCUCCCGGACAGUCCACAAAAAAUGGCGGGACGGUCUGUCCUAGCACAAGGAACACAGGAGAACGCCCGAUAGCCAAGUGAUAACACGACUAACAAGACUCAAAGAGCCCCUUUGAUGCCGAGGUGGCAAAAUCUACAUCCUCGUUACCCGGACAACAGUAAAUCCCGAAUCCUCCUGUCCAAUCCACAAACAGACAAUAA